UUAGUUCUCUAUCCCAGGCCCUGGUCCAGAUCCGCGCCGCGUCAGAUCACGCAUGCCCCACACCAGCACGCCCUGCGCCGCAUGAGAGGGCUCCGCAGCGCGGAAUGCCUCCUAGACUGUCGCCCAUGCAUGCCAACAGACAUGGCCCACAAGGCUCUAGAACCGCACUGCCCACCGGUCUCCAGUCACCACCAGCACUGGACCCGUUGGCCCGCAUCUCCAACCAAACCGCGACCCUGCUACAAGCCAGCAAGGCUGAACCGAUCGCGUCGUCUCUCGCGCCGCACAACCCCUUUUCGUAUAUGUUCGCCUAUCAAUCUAUCCCCGAUAAGGUGUGGUGUCAGAUGCACAUACGCCCUCCACCGGCCCCCGACACGCAGCAGGCAGUAUCGCUAGCGGCCCCGCACGUGAAAUGCCCCUAUGUCGCACGGCCUGCCUGCUACACCGCCCAGUCUCCGCCCCAGUGCUGGCUGUUUUCACUCCCUAGUGUCGCACUGGUGGUGCAAAUUUAAUAAUAGCCAUUUCCGUUUGCUUUUGAUCCAACACUUUUCUGAUUCCACCCAGCCUAACCUGCUUAACCUGCUUAACCUGCUUGAUCCCUGUUUGAUCCCUGCUUGCCUGU